CCAUACGCGUUACAUUUUUACAUUUUAAUGUCAAAAUUAUUUGUCAUUAUUUUGAAACGUGUCUGCGAUAAUAAGAGAACUGGUCAUAUUAUAUUAAAAAUAACAUAUUAUUAUUGGAUUAUAUAGACAUAUAUGUGUUUCAACGAUUUCUCCCUCAAAUAUUGAAAAAGUUUGACAUUGUAAUUUAUAUUUAAAGUCACGAUUGGGGUAAUGUUAUAUGUUCUGAGACGAUGAAAUUAGUCACGAUUGAGACGCGAAAGUGUACAGAAAAUAUAAACACUGUCUUGUGCGCGAUAACAAACGUUUCAAAUUCCUAUUAUUAGUGGUCUUUUAGCUUGUCUACGCUAUAAAAGAUUUUAAUAGGUAAAAAUGUAUAAUGUAAUUUCGUUUGUGAGAAGAUAAAGAAUAAAGAAUAUUUGUAAGAACUACGCAAAAAUUAUCAACGUUUUACUGUUCAACGUUCCAGUUCUGUAAAGAAGAGAUAUUUUUAUAUAAAAUAAAAAGGAUGACUACUGAAAGGAUAACUUUUAAAAUUUCCGCACCGGGCAGAAUCGUCUUAUCCGGAGAGCAUUCGGCGAUGUAUAGAAAACAUUUUGUCGCGAGCAGCUUAAAUAAACGUACAACGCUUGAAUUCACCGAAAUAGUUGAAUCAAGAAUUGAGAUAAAUUUUUUUAACAUUCAGCUACAGUUUUAUGUACCAUUAUAUGAAGUUCUAAAAUUUUUUUCCUUAGACGAUCACAAAAAAAGAGAUCCAAACUUUGUGACUCAAUUCGUGAAACACUUGAUCACUGUAAACGGUAUGUGGACGACAUUCGAGCAAAAAUUUAGUUUAAAGUUAUGCUUUCUCAUGUUUUAUACUAUCGCUCUCGAGACGGAGCUUAUCAUAAGACCUUUUCGCAUAGAGGUGUUUACGGAAUUACCAUCGGCCAUCGGCGCUGGUCUUGGUAGUUCGUCAGCGUUUGCGGUUUGUCUCGCAACGUGCUUUGUUCAUUGGAAGCGUCUACAGGCAAGAAAUUAUAAUGUUGAUAAUGAUGCAUUUUUGAAUCAAGUCAGAAAUUAUGCUGAACAGUGCGAGGAAUACAUACAAGACUAUGGGUGUGCGCCGAUUGAUACUAACAUUUGUGUAUUUGGCAGAACAGCAAAAAUUCGACUUACCAAUUACACAACAUUUAAUAUAGAGAAUGUCCAGAAUAUGACAGAAAUAAAGAUUUUACUCAUCGAUUCUCAAAUUCGCCAGAAAAAGUGCGAUCAAGCGAAACAAAUGGCAAAUAUGAAAUUUGAAUCUCCUUCCACAUUUAAUUAUAUAUUAGAUAAAUUAGACGACUUAGCAAUAAGAACAUAUAAUUGCAUCAAUUCAAUAAGUCAUUACAAUGAACAGGUUAUUUAUGAAACAUUACAGAAAUGCAUUAGAAAAACUCAUCAAUUAUUGAAGGGAAAUAAUUUGGUGGAUUCGGAAUUUGAUGAGAUUUGCACAAUUGCAAACGAUAAUGGAUUCGCGGCAAAGCUUACAGGUUUUGGACCUGGAUAUGUAUACAUUCUGCUACCAUUGAACAGUACAGAUAAAACAGUCGCAUAUAUUGUAGAUAAUUUUGAACGAAAGGGUUUCAAAGCCACAUUUACCAGCAUCAAUUGUGAAGGAGUGAGAAUUCAGAAUUUAUUCUAUCAAUAUUAACAGAUUAUAUAUAAAUGA